AUGUUCUCUAUUCGCCGCAAGUCGAAGAAGCCCGAAGACACCGGCGCGCCUGUCAUACGGCCGACGCUGUCACUGCCAGAGCUCUCGCAGAACGCGCCGCCGCUGCAAUGGCCCGAGGAGCUCGUCAGCAUCUCCGAAGUCAACGAGCCCACGGCGGCGAAGGCGGAGCUGCCUGUCGAUCACGGCCCCAUCCCCUUCCACAAGCCGUUCAGGUCGCUCAACGGAAAUGGACAGGCGCCGCCCCCACCGUCUGCGUUCGACACGUUCAAGACGCGCCCUCCGCCUCGCCGAGCCACCCAGAGAAAGACGCGCGUACCCCCGACUUUCAAUCUUAUGGUUGUGGGGGCCCAAGGUUGCGGCAAGACGUCGUUGCUACGUCUCCUUCUCGAGACAGCGGACCUGUCUCCGACAGCCACAGUUGAUCAGCGUGCCGUCAUGGAGCGCUUCUUACGCGGUGACCCCAAACGUACCCAGUCCAUCCAGACUGCAUGCGUCGAAAUAUACGAGUCCAAGACGGACCGCAUCCUGUUCUCUGUCGUUGACACGCCUGGAUUGGAUUUUAGGGAGACACGGGAGCUGAAGCUGGAGCGGCAAGUGUCGGGCAUCAUGAAAUACGUCGAUUCUCUGUAUGCCGACACUAUGGCGGAGGAGUCAAAAGUCGCAAGGCAAAGCAAAGGCGACCAACACAUCCACUUGUGCAUAUACAUGAUCGACCCUUCUUCCAUCAUGUCCGCAUCCGCGCGUCGGGCGCUCUCAUCGCUUCCUUCGAAGACACAUUCGGAAUCCACUCUCAGAUACUCUGCUAUCAACGCCUCGAUGUCGUCUGACGGCCACGGAGACGAGGACGAAGACGAGGAGAGCAAGCGCCUUACCAUGUCACCCGCCGAGAUACGGGUCAUCCGUCGCCUCUCGGAACGCGUCAACGUCCUACCCGUUAUUGCGAGGUCCGACUCACUCACGGACGAAUCCCUCGCCGAACUGAAAGACGCGAUUCGGCGCGACCUGCGCGGAGCGCGCAUCGACCUCGGGAUCUUCGAGCCUGCGGGCCAUCGCGACGUCAGCGCCCAAGAGUCGAUCCCAUCUUCACCCGUGUCGCCCGCAAAGAAAUCCGCCAUCUCCUUCGCGAUUGUGACCACGCCCAAUGGCACCAGCCCAGUGGUCGCGAACGGCGACGAUGCAUCGAAAGCGGAAGACGACAAAGAGGCGGACGCGGAUGACGGCCGUCAGUCUCGGCCGGUCAUCAAGUUACGCCGGCCCAGACACGCGCCGUCUCUCAGGCGCUCCCGUUCUCGGGGGAGGCUGCUAGCUACCGAGGAACUGGUCGAGGACCCGGAGGACGAGCUGGACACGGAGAGCGUCGCGAACGUGCGCUUCUCCGCCGCCGUCGUUUCGAAGGCCAACCUGGCCGAAUCGCUACCCUUCGCGCUGAUGGUUCCGGAGCGCUCGUCCCGCCGUCGCCGCCCGUCUAUGGGUGCGCCCCUCCCGACCGCCUCGCUAGCCCAGUCUCUGUCUCGUUCGAUUUCCUUGCACAGUGCCGACACGGGAUCGGCCAGCGGAGACGCUACGCCAACACCUCUGACCGUCGUUACUCCCUCGGAGAAUGGCGAUGCACACCCAGCAGGCGAAGAGAAGGAGGAACCUUUGUCUCCCUCAUCUGAGUAUACCCAUUCGACGCAUGCGAGGAGUCGGCCUGCGUCCUACGUCAUGGGCCCCCCUGAAGAUUUGCGGGGCGUCUUCCUGCGCAAAUUCCGAUGGGGUACGAUUGACGUCCUUGACCCUAAUCAUUGCGAUUUCGCGGCGAUGAGGACCGCCGUGCUGUCCACGCAUAUGAAGUCCCUCAAAAACAGGACAAGAGAGGUUUUGUACGAAAAGUACAGAACCGAAAAACUGCUUGCCAGACGCGCUACCAGGACCAUCAGUGAAGACGAGACCUUGCGGUUGCUGGAAGAUCUUGGUCUGUGA